AGUAAUGUUUAAAGCUCACCUUCCGUCGUUUUUUCUUUCAUUUUAAAAUGUCUAGUUGUGGUCUCUAGUAUGAAUGAAUGACAUGUGAGCCGUUUUUGUAAAAAAAAAGUGCUCAGGUGUCUCUGUAUAGCUCUUUUUUAAUGGACUGUUUUAGGGGUGUGUCCAAAAUGACCGGAUUCCAGCUUUGCUCAUGAAUGUCCAUACAUGCAAACAGCAUGCAAAUAUCUCUCCUCUGAUUGGCUAGGAGCACUGCGACGCCCCUCCACCGCUCUGCCGCUCACUGCCUCCCACCUCCUAACUGAUGAGCGGUGAUGUUGCGUCGCUUCAGCUCCGCCUCUGGGAGUUUCUCGAGCCAAGGUGGGCUGGUCUGUGAGUUUCUGCCUACGUAGGCAGAAAGAUAAUUCAAAAUUCACCCGUUUUUCGGAGGGGGGGAGGGGGGAUUUCUUUGCUUAGCCCCUGCAGACAAUGGGGGCUGCAAAACAGUUUAAUGUGCAGGUGUACACAUUCAACUCGGAGAGACCUACUGUAUUCCACAAAAAACAAGAAAAAUCGGAUUUUCGCGGAAGAUGGAAACAAACAACCGUUUUAAUUAUGGGACUCAUGCUGUUUCGACUAACUCAGGAAUGAAGCGUUCCUCAGGGGAUUCACUCUAUACUAACGGGUCCUCCAUGAGCUUCCCCCAGCAAGGGAAAAAUCUGAACGGCGAUAUGAAUGUGAAUGGCAUCACUACUGCAGAUGGGGCCAGCCAAUCUGGCCCUCACCCACCUUCUUCCUCUUACACCCACAUGAGCGGUCACCAACGACAGGACGCCGUGAGCUAUGACUACUUGUGGGGCCAGUCCCAAUAUAACCCUGCCAUGAGCUCUGGCACAGGUUCUGGUUCUGGUUCUGCUUCUGGCCAUGGAAUGCACCAGAAACCGGGCUCCCAGGGGGUGAUGCAACAGCAGCAGCCUCAGCACCACUUUCAGGGACAUGGACAAUACCAAGUCAACGGGAGCAUUGGGGGUUCUCGACAACCCCCAUUAGCAGGGGCACAAUACUGGGGCAGAGGAAAUCCUGGCCAACAGCAUGAGGGUUCAGCCAUGCCAAUAGGGUACAACUCUCAUGGCAUAUAUGGCAGUUACCCAAACCAGGUUCACUCUGGCCUUCCACAAGCAUCACAUCACCAGCAGCCUCCUCCCAUACAGCAUCAGUCUGCAGCAGCGCUUCAUCAUCACCCGCAUCACCCACAGCAUCAGCAGCCUCAGCACCUGCAACCGCCACAGCAGCAGCAUUAUGGUAUGGUGCCUAAUGGAAUACCCUAUUAUUCCCAUCAGCCUCAGCAUGCACCACUGUCCUCCCAGCAGCCUCAGACUCCAAUGAUGCCCACCACACAGAACUUCACCCCCCCACAAGGAAGUCCUCAGCACCAUCCAAUUGGCCACGGGGGGACCAGUAGCCCUCUGUCAGUGCAAGUACCAAGGAUGUCUCCCUCUGCAGUGUCUGAUAGUGGUUCACCUCAGAGAAAGCAGAGUCCUGUGAGAGGCAGUUCAGCUCACUCCUCAGGGGUUCAAGUGCACAUGAGUGAGUCCUACAAAGAAGUGGAUGAAGGUUACAACGGUGUUGAAAGGGCUCCAGUGCCCCAGCGGCUGUCUGUUGGUGAGGGUUUCACUGUGAAGCCCCCAGAAACCCUCUUGCCCCCCUCUAAUGACUACAUCCCACGACUACAACAGCCAGUUGUACAUGCAGAACCAGCAAAACAACAUCAUGACCUGGGAAAUCUGCACAAAGAGUUGAGUCCUCCCCCUGCUUCUGGACCUCCACCAUCGGUGGCUACACCACCUCGUCAACAACAGAUAUCAGCUGCACUUCCUCAGACAGUCUUGGGACCUACGGCUAAACAGUCCUUAUAUUCCUCAGCAGCUUCAGAAUCCGCUUCAGGAGUUUCUGCACAUGCUUCAGUUGUACUGAAAGCUGGAGUGAACACCUCAUCAGCUGUGGCUGCACCACCGCCUCAAUUGCUCACCACUCCUCCGUUGUUGGUGCAAGGCUUGAGACCUGUUGCUGCUCCUGUGCCUCCAGCUUCUGCUUCUGUGUCUGCAGCACUUUCAGCUUCUUCAGCAACUGCUUCACCUCAGAUGGGUCAAAACUGCUCCAAAGCAACGCCUCCUGCUGUGUCUGCACCACCUUCUGUCAUAUCUCGCAGUCAGUUUGUGGCUGGGCCACAGUCAGUUGAUAGCCCAGGGACUAGGGGUCUGCAGGUUCCUCAGUCGUCUAUAUCUCAACAUGCACCUCCAAAAAUAUCCACUCCUUCCUGUGCACCAGAACCUCCCCACAAGGCAAUGACUUCACACCUAGUAGCCCCAAGCCCUGCAUCCCCUCUUGCUUCCUUGGCACCUACAACUGUUGAUCAUUUUUCUCUUACUGUAGACUCUAAACUUCGUUCUGUUAUCUCUGCACCUCCACUUGCUUCUGAGACCACAUUAUCUCAGUCGCAUUCAUCUCCUCAGCAGUCGGCUGCACGUCUCCCUGAUGCAAGCUCUACACCUCAGGCAUUCCCACCAGCACCACCUCCUAGUUCCAGCGCCCUCAAGUCCUCGGUUUCUUCUACUGAAAGUGUAAAACAUCUUGGAGAUGCUGCAUCAAAAGUUUCCUCCUCCUCUUCUCAAAGUCCAGGACGUAUGGUUUCCCACGAAGCAGAAGCCUUUGUCAAGCCCUUCUCUCCUCAGAAAUCCACUAGUGAACCUGAUGUAAGUCCUCCAUAUCACAAAGCCUUUCCAGUGGACUCCAAGCAGGUGUCCAAACAGGAGUGCCAUGCAGCUUUCUGGACCGAACCUCUUGUUAAAAGCUCUGUAUCCUCUCCAAUCAUCACAGUUGCAAAACAGCCAGACAUGGAUGUCAAAAAGAGUCCUGAAACCAGGGAGGACCACCAAGCGGCUCCUGGAAAAGAAAAAGAAGAAACUUUAAACAAUACCAUGGACACUGAGAAUUACCCAUCUUUAACUGAGUCAGCCUACACAGAUACGUCUGGUGCUGAGGAUGCUGAAUCUUUGGACGAUAGCUAUGACGUUUCCCUCAACAACACUUCUCAGGCUGAAGGCUCCUCCAUGUUUACUGAUGGAUCCUGGGCCAACGAGUCCAGGGGGUGGUUCUCCCAAGACAAAAGUAGAAGACAAGACACCACUGCAGACAGCUACCUUACCACUCGAAGCUCCAGUGACGAUACCUCACUUCAGGAUUAUUCACAGAUGGAUUACUCCUCCGUAAAUGACAGUUCACAGAAUCAGAAUCAGACAUCCCAGCUGUCUUCUGUAAAUGAGUUUUCCAUUCAUUUUACUAAAGUUAAUGAGGCGGAAGGUGCUGGUGCCCCAGAAUUAGCAGUCCAGGCUGACCACACAGCCCCUACACUAUUAGACCCAGGAGCACAGGCAGGCGUUGGUGUACCUGACUCAGAAAAUGGCGCUACCCUACCACUGUUUACAGCCUCCUGUGCCAAGGCCCUGAAGAAACCGCGCAAGCCAAGGACACCAAAGGCUUCAGCUUCUCCUGAUAAAACAGGUUCACCUGAUGUGAAGAAAAAGAGACGAAAGUCUACACCCAAAGUUUCAAAAGAGGAAAAAAUGGAAUGGAAGAAGAAUAAUGGAGAGAAACCGCCACCACAACCAAGGAAGAGGAAAAGCUCCAAAGCCGUAUCAGAACCUGCACUCGUUGCUGAUGGUGCUGCAAUUCCUGCUGGAGAAGCUACAGAAUGCAUCACUAAUGACCUCAGUCUGAGUAAUAAUGAUGGACUCUCUGUUCCUAAAUGCAAGAAAAUUAAGAAACCCAGAGUAAAAGACAUUACUGCUGUUUCUCAAUCAAAACCCAGUGAGGAUGGUGAAGACUCCACGGCAGGAGAAACCCCAAGGCGCAGAAUAGCUACUGAAGAGCAGGUCAACUUCCCUCUGCUUCAUGGUUGGAGGCGAGAGAUUCGUGUGCGGAUGCUGGAAGACCGCCUUAAAGGAGAGACGUGGUACUACAGCCCCUGCGGUCGCAGAAUGAAACAGUUCCCUGAGGUGAUUAAGUUUCUGAGGAGACACCAGGAUAAUCUGAACGGGGUGACGAGGGAGCACUUCAGCUUCAGUCCACGGAUGCCGGUGGGGGACUUCUAUGAGGAACGAGACACACCUGAGGGUAAGAAAUGGUUCCUCCUGGCCAAUGAAGAGGUCCCCUCCAUGAUCAUGUCCAUAACGGGCCGACGUGGACGCCCCCCAAAUCCCGACAAAGAAGCCAAGGUGCGACCUCGAGUCGGUCGGCCCAAAGGAACUCCCGCUCGUCGCCCGGGCAGACCUCCCAAACCCAAGAUGAUCGACCUUCUGAGCAAAAUUGAUGCCAGGCUGCUGAAGAGACUGGAGGCAAAGGAGGAGCUUACAGAAGAGGAAAAACAAAAACUGGUUAAGAUCAAGAAGAAAAUGAAGAAAAAGGCAAGAAUGAAAAGAAGAGAGGAUGCUCGGAACAAAAAGCUCAAGCAGGAAAAACAGAAGGCUAAGUUGGAGGGCACGCAGCCCACCGACGCAGAGAUGGACCAGUCUGUUCCACAGCCACCCAAGAAGCCUGGCCGCAGAAGGAAAGUUCCAGUUCCACCUCCUGUAGAAGUGGACCUGGAGAAGGCUAGUCCGGUGAAGAGGGCGGCGACGGCCCGCAGCAAAGCCAAGGCUCUGGCGAAGGCGCAGGCUGAAGCUGAGGCUCAGGCCCGGGCUGCGCUGGCCGCUAAGAGGCAGGCGGAGAGGAGGGCGCAGGCACAGAAGCGAUUAGAGGAGAGGAAGAGGCAGCAGCAGAUCCUGGAGGAGCUGAAGAAACCUGCUGAGGAUAUGUGCCUCACUGAUCACACGCCUCUGCCGGAGCUGUCUUGCAUUCCUGGACUGGCACUGUCAGGUGUGACCUUCUCCCACUGUGUCAUAGUAGUGGAGUUCCUUCACAGCUACGGAAAGGUACUGGGUCUCCAGGUGCCCAAAGACAUCCCAAGCCUGGCAACCCUGCAGAAGGGUCUUUUAGAUGUUGGAAAUAGCCAGAAGGAGCUGCUGGAUCUCUUGGUGAAACUAAUGGAGGCUGUGUUGAUUGAUCCUGGACUUCCGCCUUACUAUCAGUCGGUGAAGAUCCUUGGUGAGAAGCUGGUAGAUCUGGAGCUAACCCACAACACUGUGUCUGAGGUGCUCCGAAUCUUUCUGGAAUCCCAUGGCUUUGAACUGGAGGUGUGCAACACUCUCCGCACUAAAAGCUUCCAGACCCUGUGCCCCGAGGUCAAGGCCUCCAUCCUGGCCUUUCUGGUGGAGGAGCUCAAUGCCAGCAACACAGUCAUUAGAGAGGUCGACAACUCCCUGGAGAACAUGGCCACCUACAGGAAGAACAAGUGGAUUAUUGAGGGCAAACUGCGCAAGCUGAAGGCUGCUUUAUUGAAGAAGACCGGCCUCUCUGAGGAGCAGCUGUCUUAUGAGGAUCGGAGGCGGAGUACCCGUAUGGGAGUGGCUGAAGAGGAGAGCCUGGAGGAGAACAGCCGACUUAAGAGGGGCGGCCGCCGCCGCCGCCGACCUAAAGAGGAGCCCAAACUCACAGAGGCUGAAAGUCCAAACAAUGCAACAGUUCCCGAACUGGAGCGCCAUAUCGAUAAGCUAACCAAGCGUCAGGUAUUCUUCCGCAAGAAGCUACAGCAGUCUUCACACAGCAUGCGGGCAAUGGCUCUGGGGCAGGAUCGCUACCGGCGCAGAUACUGGUUGUUGCCUCGUAUUGGUUGUGUGCUGGUAGAAGGUGCAGAAGAUAUUUUGGCCUCAAAUGACAUUCUGGUGAAGGAUGUUCCAGUAACCCCAGUACUGAAAGAAGUUGUGUCCCCUGUAAAAGUGGAGGUUAAAGAGGAGCCCCCUGUAUCUGCUGUUUCCAGUGACUCCAAGCUCCUCCUCCCUGCUUCCCCUCCCCCCUCCCACCCGUUGCCUCCCUUGUCCAGUCUCUCCCCUGAAGUGGAUCCUCUUCCGGGCGAGGCUUCUCUGAUGAGCAGCCCCCGUGGGCGUGGCCGACCCCGCAAAAUCAAACCAGAAGUAGAGCUCCACCUGCGCACCGCCAAGUGCCGCCGCCGGCGACGCAGCAGCAAAUCAGGUGGUGAGGAUUCAGUAACGGCGGCGGGGCCUGAUGCCAGAAUGCCGGACCUCACUCAGACAGCCUUCCAGACGUGGCUCAGCCAGAACCAGGGUUCCGCUUCAGCGGAGGCACCAGCGUUACUAUCCGGGGCUGGACAGGGUGGGGAUGGCAGCCAACCAGAGGACGGUAUGAAGGACAUGGCAGAGAUAAGAGGACAGUGGUUCAACCUGUUGCCUAAAGAUCCGUGCGAUGAGUCGUCUCUGUCCCAGCCGUGCGCACCCUCUUCUACCUCUCCUGUUAAAGACAUGCCCUCCCCCUUGAAUGUCCCACCUUUCUCUGGACCACUACCACAGGCUGUUAUUCCAUCUCCUCAAGUGUGCUCCACUCCAGCUCCCAGGCCCGGGAGGAGGCGCAGGAGGGGCAGCGGUGCCGGCCGGGGGCACUCUCGGGUUGGGACGGCGAAGCGGCGGGGAAGGCCACCAUCCUCUCUGCUCCAGGAGAUCGAGCAGAAGUACUUCACUCAGCUGGUGGUCAAACCCAUUCCGCUCGCGAUGGUGAAAGGAUGGUGGUGGAUCAAAGACCCCGAGGAGCUGACUGCCAUCUUGACUGCUCUUAACCCCCGUGGUGUCAGAGAGAAGGUCCUCCAUAAGCACCUUAGCAAACACAUGGAGUUCCUGUCAGAGCUUUGCACACGUCCCAUUACUGACCCCAUAUUCCAGCAGAAGGGGGAGGAUGGUGGCAAUCUGAUGAACCUGACACAGCAGCCCUGGGAAGCACAGGAUCGAGCCAUGCAGAUUGACCUCGGUGUUCUACAGUUGGUGGAGGAUCUGGAGCAGAGGGUGGUGGGCGCCGAUCUGCAGCUUAAGAUGGCUCCCCCCAACGGACAGAGCGACACUGAGAGUGCCGCCGAUGCUUCAACUGCAGGAUUUCAGAUGUACACCAUACCAGAGCCAGACUCUACCCGUGAUGAUCUUCAGUAUUAUGAGCAUGAGGCGGACCCCAGGGAUGACUGGAUGGUGAAGAUUAAGAAAGAGUGGUCAGAUCUGUUGCGUGUGCCCUCCAACCCGCUCGACCUGGGGGUUCUGCGACUGACCAACCUGGAGAGGAACAUUGAGCGCCGGUACCUGAAGGAUCCGCUGUGGAACCUCUCUGAGGUGGUGCGUUUGGCUCCACUUACUCCCCCACCCGGCGAAGAGGAGGUGCCCAUGGAUGCUGUCAGCAUGGAGAGUGAGAUCACCCCGAGGUUGAUGUUGUGGAGGCAGGCCCUGGACCGUUGUCGCAGUGCAUCUCAGCUUGCCCUGUGUCUGCUGCAGCUGGAGAGGGCCAUCGCCUGGGAGAAAUCCAUCGUCCGAGUGACGUGCCAGUUUUGUCGAAAAGGUGAUAACGAUGAGUGUCUGCUGCUGUGUGACGGCUGCGAUCGUGGAUGGCAUAUGUUCUGCCUGAAGCCCAAGGUUACGGAGGUCCCAGAAGGAGACUGGUUUUGUCCCAACUGUAUUGCCAAGGGUAUUGGUGAAGGUCCACGGUCGCCGCGAUCUGCCCGGCAGAGGACAAACGCACGGAAACGCCGGUUUGUUUAUGGUGCAGAAGCUUCUGAUGAGGAAGAAGGGCAGAAGCGCAACACGAGUACGCGGCAGAAAGAUAGCCCCACCCCCUCUAGUGCGACGAGUCAGUCACUGUCCAAACGUAGACGCAUGGCUACACGGAACCAGCCUGACCUCACAUACUGCGAGAUCAUUCUGAUGGAGAUGGAGGCCCACGCAGAUGCCUGGCCCUUCCUGGAGCCGGUCAAUCCACGACUUGUGCCUGGAUACCGGCGCAUUGUUAAAAACCCUAUGGAUUUCCUGACGAUGCGUGAAAAGCUUUUACAGGGAGGGUAUUGCAGUUGUGAGGAGUUUGCGGCAGACGCUCAACUGGUCUUCAACAACUGCGAGCUCUUUAAUGAGGAUUCGUCAGAGGUGGGCGUAGCCGGCCACUCCAUGAGGCGCUUUUUUGAGAGCCGUUGGGCGGAGUUCUAUUCGAACGGUGAUUAAUAAGGGGGCCUGCCUUUUAGCAAAAGCAGGGUGGGAUCUAAAUGCAAGGCCCUUACCCCUUAUUGUUUAUUACUACCAGGAUGAAUUCUGAAGACUUCUCAAAUCCUCUGUAUACAUAAGUGUAGAUACAUGUAUAGAUUUCUGUUCAUUUUGAGUCCAGUUUUUCCUCCCUUUCUUCUGUGUUUAUGAUUGUUUUAUUGUUUUUUAUAUAUAUAUAUAUUGUUGCUUGGGCGCAUAGUAAGGAUUUAAAACUGUUUUUUUUAUUAUUAUUAUUAUUAUUAUUAUAAUUAUUAUAGUAUUUUGUUUAUGGGUGGGCUUUUUCCCCAGCAUCAGUUUUACAUCACGUCAGUUCAUGGUCCCACCACUGUUCUGGGACCACAGUUGGAUGUCCUCAAGUGUGAAAUAUUUCAGACUUUUUUUUUCCACUGUUAUCCAAUCAUCGGUUCCACCUUAGCAACGGUAAUGUUUGACAGGAUGUUUUUGGUCAUUUACAUGUGUUCUCGGGUUCACCAUAUUCAUGUAUAAUUCUAUCAAUCCUAGAAUCAUUUUUUCCUUCAGUAUAUUUUUAUUGUAUACUCUAUAUACUUAAAAGACCUAAAAAAAAACUGAAUAGCUGGGAUUAUUUAAUAGCAAUAGCCUGUAGUGAACGUGUACAGAUCACAUCAUAGGGAUGUGUAGAUGACUCAUGAAGUGGCCAGUAAAAGACGAGGAGCAUUUAUUCUCUAUAUUCUGUACUUUCUCCACCCUUCCUUCUCGCCUGUAGUAGAGCGUCGGUCCUGCCUUCAGGAUAAGUUGCCUCAUUCACAAAUGGUUUUUAUUUUUUUCUUGUUCCCAAAUCCCAUUCUUUUAUCUGGAAAAGAUGACAAAACGACAACACAGCUCUAUAACAGCACUGAGACAACGGCUGCCAUCUUUUCAGGGUUUUUGUGUUUUGUGUCCUUUUUGGCACCUCCGCUAGCUUGGUGUAGCAGUUCUAAGACCUUUUUGCCUCUGUGUAUGAAUAUGAAUAGUGUUUGGAAACAGUAAUAGACUGACUGAUUUAUUGUUGUAAGUGGAAAGGUGAUGUGUAUACAUUUGGACCACAGAGUAUAGAUAUCGUAUUUAGCGAUACAUGUUCUUCAUUAGAAGAAGCGGAUCAAAAUAUUUUUAAUUUAAUUUUUUUUUUUUAAGACAAUUUAUUUGAUUGGAUGUUUUUAUUGCACCUCAGCAUCCACAGAUUUGAGUAGGAGAUUUGAUGACUGUAAAAAAUUGUGAACUUGGGUGGUUUAAAAGCCUGAACCCUAAAGAACCAUUCUCUGAAAGAUGAAUUUUAGCCCCUUUUUAAAUAAAUUGAAAAGCUCUUUGUUACUGUUACUUACAGAUUAAAAAACGAUUUGCACCUCAGCAUUCUGCUUUUAACAUGGCUAAAGUUCUUAUUAAUUCACGGCUUUAUAAUAAGAAAAGCUACUCUGAUGCUUUUGGCUGCAAAUAUUCCGUUCACAGGUUCACUGAAGGGUUUCUGUUGACUGUAACUGGACAGCAGAUCAUACGGCACUGAGACUAUAGAGCAGCAUGGUUUCCUUUUAAGAAAAUGUUCGGUGGCAAAAGUAGAAUUCUGUGUGUCAAUGUAGUGCUUUACACUGAACUCGUCCCGUACCAGAACGUGGGUAUUUAGUCAUGUUCACGGCAACACAAAAGGGACUGUUUUUUUCCCCCCUUAAAAGAGUGGGGAGAAAAGAAAGUACUAAAAUGUACAAGCAAAUGUGGUGUUUAGUGAAUUUUUAAUAAUGUACAGUUUUUGUGACCUUAAAUUUGUUCCUUUCUAUAUUUUUAGGACCAAUAUCGUUUUUAAGAGGCGGCAUUAAAGUACCAUGUUCGUUUCGAGGUGAUGUAACACACGUGCAUCUGUAGAAUGUACUGUAAGCAGAAAUAAAACCACAUCUGUAGAGAGAA